AGCGUUCAAUGCGCUGCCAGCCGUCGAAAAGAACGCACGCGAGUGACUUCCCACCGGCAGUAAAAGCCAAGAAACUAAGCAAAAGACUAAAGACUAUAAAAGUCAAACUGAUCAAAAUCGAAAAUUGGAAAUACGCGUGCGCGUGUGUCUUUUAAGCGCAGUCAACGUCGUUCGGAACACCUAUUUAAAUACAUUUUUUUUUGUAUCAAUUUUUUGUCGCAUGUGAAUUGGCAAUGUGCAGUGCGUGAUGUGUGGAUUGUUUCUGCAUCCAAAUCUGCAGGAGAAAACACUUCCACAGUCGUAGUUCUCCAUUUCGGAUUCUAGUGCUGAAAAGCUGCCUCACAAGCAGUGCGUCACAAUGUCUGCCAAGAACCAAAUGAGCGUUCUAAUGGAGAAGAUCAACACGACACUACAGGGGAGUUCCAGCGUGUGCAUCAAUGAGCAGGACACGCACAGUGCCAGCAGAAAGAUACUGCAACCAAGUCCAGAGAGCACUCUAGAGAAGUCCACCGCAUCUGUGACCGGUCUGAACAGCAACUGCAUUGCCGUCAAUGGCGGAGUGGGAGUAGGAGGAGGAGGAGCAGCAGCAACUGCAACCACAAGCAGUGCGGCUGGAGUGACCAAGAUAACAAUAACCAGUGACGCCGCCAAGACCAGCAGCACAGGCAACUCCAGCAGCUACAAGAACAGCAGCUUGGUGUCCAUCACCAGCUUAAACAGCGGCAGUGACCUAAGCCAGGGCAGCACCGCCACCCUGCCCAUCAGCAGCAGUGGCUGCAGCAUCAGCAACGUCAGCGGACACCCCCUCAGCAGCAACAGCAGUAGCAACAACAAUAGCAACAGCAACAACAACAGCGGCAGCGACACCUCGUCCAACAACUUCCAGGAGCGGUUCGACUUUGAGCACUGGAAGGGCCUACUCAGUGACUACAACUGCUUUCACGGGCUCUAUCGCUAUUGGAAUCAGUACAGCGGACGCAGCGCCACUAGCCGCGACAGCGUCAACGGCACUCAACAACAGUCACAGUCACAGUCCGACCACGAGAAUGGCCUGGGCGGUGAAGCCGGUUCCUUCUACACACACAACAUACUAGGCUACACCUUCGGCUAUCCGUUUGGCCUAAAGGAGGACCUUGACGGCCACAGCAACUGCAACAGCAACUGCAACGUCAGCGGCAACGGCAACGCCAAUAGUCUUGGCCUCAGAAAGUGGCUUUCAGGCAGUGCCAGCAGCAACGAGACUCCGCUCCAGAAGCACUACAGACACCAGCAGAAGAAGAAGAUGCCCGUGUUCAGGGGCAGGAGGGCGUGGUGCGGCUGCUUCAAGGAUGAUGAGCCGCCCGAGAUUUGUGUGGUGGAGGGGGCGUUUACCCUGCAAACGCUCACGCCCACUCAACCCAUGCCGUCGGUGGAUGAGCUGGACACAAAGUUCGCGGAGCUGGUGGAGGAGCUCGACCUGACUGCUCCCAACAAGGAGGCAAUGCUGAGCCUGCCCGCGCAGAAGAAGUGGCAGAUCUACUGCUCGCGGAAACUGCCCCUGGAUGCAAGCGAUGGUCCCGAUGCGGCGACCAUCACCCAGCCCCCCACCGCAGAGCACUACAUCGAGCGCCUGAAGGAGUUGGUGGUGCACAUAUCUCUCUCGCCGGAGGACUCUCCCAGCCAUGAGCUGGGAAACCGCUUGGACGGUCAUGCCGCCUUUGUGGACGCCCUAAAGACGGCCCUGCGCACCUCCACGCACAGCUUCGUGCUGCGAUUUGUAGAGCUGGACGGGCUGCCGGCCCUGCUCGACCUCCUGCUGCAGCUGGACAUCCGGGUGGCGAACAGUCCGCUCCACACCAGUCUCAUCGGCUGCAUCAAGGCGCUGAUGAACAACUCGAUGGGACGGGCGCACGUGCUGGCCCAUCCAACGGCCAUUGACACCAUAGCCAGAUCCCUGGUGGCGGACAACAUCCGCACCAAAAUCGCCGCCCUGGAGAUCCUGGGUGCCGUGUGCCUGGUGCCCGGCGGACAUCGCAAGGUGCUGCAGGCCAUGCUCUACUUCCAGGAGUUCGCCACGGAGCGAACCCGUUUCCAGAGCAUCGUCAACGACCUGGACCGCUCGACCUACGCGUACAGGGAAAAUGUCAAUCUGAAGACAGCCCUCAUGUCGUUUGUGAAUGCGGUGCUGAACUACGGACCUGGACAGGAAAACCUCGAGUUUCGGCUGCACUUGAGGUACGAGUUUCUCAUGCUGGGCAUCCAGCCCGUGAUUGACAAGCUGCGAACACACGAGAACGAGACGCUGGACAGGCAUUUGGACUUCUUUGAGAUGGUGCGCGCCGAGGACGAGAAGGAGUUCGCCCGCCGCUUCAAUGAGGAGCACGUGGACACCAAGAGCGCCGGCACCAUGUUCGACCUGCUGCGCCGCAAGCUCAGCCACUCGCCCGCCUAUCCCCACAUGCUUUCCCUCCUUCAGCAUAUGCUCCUGUUGCCCUACACGGGUCACUGCACGGAGCACUGGCUUCUGAUAGACCGCGUGGUGCAGCAGAUUGUGCUGCAGGUGGAGCAGCGGCCGAGCAGUGACCUUAUCCCCGACCCGGAUGACCUAGGAAAGCAGCUGAAGCUGGCCGCCGACUCGCCAGUCCACGAUCCCGACGUGGCCCCGCUGCAGAUCGACGUGGCCAAGCUGGUGCGUCUGUUGGUCAAGGAGGAGCAGCUGACGCAGGCGCGCAAGCGGGCCGACGAGCUGGAGCGCGAGAACUUCGACGUGCAGUCGCGACUGGCCAAGAAGGAGCAAGAGCUCGACCUGCGCAUGCAGGAGAAGGAGGACCUGGAGACGGGUCUGGCGCGCAUGCGCGAGCGUUUGGAAAAGGAGUCCGCGCAGCACUCGCAGGCGGUGCAGCGGGCGCAGACCGCCGAGAUGCGGGCGGAAGACUUGCAGCACCGCCUGCUUAACGAGCAGCAGGAACGGUCUCGUCUAGAGCGGCUGGUCACGGAGGGCAGCAUACCCGACGACCAGAAGGUGGCCGGUCUCACUGGCUGCAAUGGGGCUGUGUCGCCCCCGCCGGCGCCACCCAUGCUCAAGGCCAUCCCGCCGCCUCCGCCACCCAUGGCGCCGGCCAUGAUGCCUCCGCCGCCACCUCCCUGCCCGGGAGCUCCUCCUCCGCCACCGAACAUGGCACAAACGAUGGCUCCUGCGCCACCAAAAGUGGAUCUGCCAAAGAAAAACGUGCCACAGCCGACGAACCCGUUAAAAAGCUUCAACUGGUCGAAACUGCCGGACGCCAAGCUCCAGGGUACCGUGUGGAGUGAGCUGGACGAAAGCAAGCUGUACAACAACAUGGAGUUGGAGUCAAUAGAUAAGCUGUUCUCGGCCUACCAAAAGAACGGGGUGUCGGCCACCGAUGGAUCCUACGAGGAUUUGCGGGUGACUGGCAAGUCGACCAAGCAGAAGGUGUUGUCGGUGAUCGACGGACGCAGGGCGCAGAACUGUACGAUCCUGUUGAGCAAGCUGAAAAUGAGCGACAUGGAGAUAUCAAAAGCCAUUCUCUCCAUGGACAGCAACGAGCAACUGCAACUGGACAUGGUCGAACAGCUACUCAAGUUCACGCCCUCGGCGGAAGAGCGGGCUUUGCUGGACGAACACAGUGAGGACAUUGAGUCUCUGGCACGGGCCGAUCGCUUCCUCUACGAGAUAUCUAAAAUCCCCCACUACGAGCAACGACUGAAAAGUCUGCACUACAAGAAGCGUUUUAUGCUGACGAUCAACGAUCUGAUCCCCCGCAUCACUAGUGUGAUGGAGGCCUCUCGCGAGGUGGCUCGAUCCCGUCGCCUGCGCAAGCUUUUGGAGCUGGUCCUGGCCUUGGGCAACUACAUGAACCGCGGGGCACGCGGAAAUGCCUCUGGUUUCCGACUGGCCUCGCUCAACCGCCUGGCGGACACUAAGUCCAGUGCCGCCAAGGGCACAACCCUGCUGCAUUAUCUCGUCCAGGUGAUCGAGCGCAAGUUCAAGGACCUGCUGAAGCUGGAAGACGAUAUUCCUCAUGUGCGCGAGGCCUCCAAGGUGUCGUUGGGAGAAAUGGACAAGGACAUUCAGAUGCUGCGCACGGGCCUGGCAGAUGUGGCGCGCGAGAUCGAGUUCCACCGAAGUUCGGGUCCCGCCCAGCAAGGUGAUCGUUUUCUGCCCGUGAUGCGCGAGUUUCACGCCCAGGCGUCGGUUCGUUUCGCGGAGCUAGAGGACAAGUUUCAGGACAUGAAGACACGCUUCGACCGGGCGGUGCGCUUGUUCGGCGAGGACGGAUCGGUUCUGCAGCCGGAUGAGUUCUUCGGCAUAUUCGACUCCUUCCUCGGCGCAUUCGCAGAGGCGCGGCACGACAACGAGAGCUUCCGCCGGCGCCAGGAGGAGGAGGAAAAGCGCGCCAAGCAGGAGGCGGAGCUCAAGAAGCGCACAAUCGAGCGCAAGAACAAGUCCGGUCUGAUGAGCAGUGUGGCCCGCAAUCUGGGUCUCAAGUCUGGGUCGCCCACCGGCAGUCUGGAUUCCCCAGAAAGGGGCGGCGGCGGCGUCAAUAAGGGCGAGUUUGACGACCUCAUCUCGGCCCUGAGGACCGGCGACGUCUUUGGCGAGGACAUGGCCAAGUUUAAGAGGUCGCGCAAAGCGCGCGUUCUUAACGGCGGCGGCGCCAACACCGGACACACCUCGCCACCCCGCCACGGCAGCCUUCAGCGCGAAGAAAGUGGACGCGAGCGCGAACGGACCGUAAGGCGCCAGUAAGCACGGGGCGGAGGUCUAGAGAGGUCAAGAUUAUGAUUAAAUAGAUUUCCCUCUUGCUCCAACCCCGCUGUAAAGUAAAGUUUUCAUUAAUAACUGCGCGCAACUAUUUUUUUUCUUACACGGUAAAAACACUUUGUAAUUAUUUAUAUCUACUAUUUGUACGCAUACAAUUAUACAAUUAUAUAUACCUACAUAUAUAGCACAUAAUCUAAACGUAAAGCUCGGCUAAUGCAAGCGUUAAACCAAAUUUUUACAAACAAAAACUUAAUUGUAAUUUAAAGUCUAAAGAGUUGUUAUGAACUAAUCUAAUCGUCGUGGAGCGGAUAUUCAUGUGUAGCAAACCAUUGAAAUUGUAUUUGGCAACUAUACGGCAUCCAUGCUUAUUUAUCUGUACACAACUAGUGCUAUACAUAGAACCGAUUUCUCGGUGCGCCUUCAUCCUUGUCGAAGUGCAAUCCUGUAAAACCCAAAGCGGCCCUCAGCAGCAUAAUCAAUGCACAUGGAAGCGCUCUUGAGUUCGGAGAAGCUCGCCGGCCUGCCAUAAAGUCAUGUUCAUAAUUAAGAUCUAUAUUGUUUGUUUUUUUAAUUUUUUUUUUUUAGCACGAGAUCCAGUUGUACUUGCAUCGAACAUACAGAAAUUUUAGAGCGCAUUAAAAGUUUGCACAUACAUGUGCCCUCAGUAUCUUUUAUUGAUAAUUACACCUUAACAAAUUAACAAAUU